ACAAACGCAACAGGGCUCCGCAUUCAGAUAUCCAACUUGAAAUACAUAUCGCGCAACUGCCGUUCAUCUCACCUGCAAGCUAAUUCUUCAGUAUCGAUAACCUGGUUAACAUCAUAUCUUGUGCGCGAUGCCGUCGAAUUUACCAUAUGCUGCAGAUGCAGAAAGUCCUCUGAAGCCUGCCGAACUCCAAGUCCUCCGGGCACAGUACGAGAAAGAAGGCGACUAUGUCGGAGUGCAGACGAAGUUCAACUACGCCUGGGGAUUGAUAAAAUCGAACCAAAGAAGCGAACAGCAACUCGGCGUUCAGCUACUAUCAGACAUAUUCAAAACCACACCGGAACGGAGGAGGGAAUGUCUAUAUUAUUUGGCUUUGGGAAACUACAAACUAGGCAACUAUGCUGAAGCAAGACGAUACAACGACCUAUUACUGGAGAAGGAGCCAGGAAACUUGCAAGCUGGUAGCUUGAGACAACUGAUUGACGACAAGGUGUCGAAAGAGGGAUUAAUGGGCAUUGCCAUUGUGGGAGGCGUUGCGGUUGCUGCAGGAAUUGUGGGCAGCAUGAUAAUGAGAGGUUCACGAAGAAGAUGAUGGGAUCGCUGAAAUACUGUGGCGGGCUUCAACAGGUUCAGGUUUCCUCAUCGUGCGUUGUACAAAAUAAUAUUUAACUUCAUCUCCAAGGAAGUGCAACUUAUAUUCGGAGCCUGGCGUGAAUGUUUGGGGAACGCUUCAGAAUGAAACAGAAGCAUGUAUACGGAGACUCGUACACGCGUUCCUUGAGAAGUACGGAUACCGUGGUACCAUUGUCGACGGCGAG